AUGCAGCAACUGAUUUUGGAAAGUGACUUUCCUAAAUUAAGAGAAGAAAUCGAUAAUGCUAUCAAUACUCGCAAGGAAUUAGAAAGGCUAGAAAAAACAAAACCAAGCUUACCUGUUGAGUUAAAUAUGAUAAUUGAAGAAAUGGUAGCUACUGACUAUACUAGGUCUUCUCAACAAGAUAAUCACAAAAGAUUAGUUAAAUAUGAAAAAGAAAAGAACAAGCAUUUAGAAAAUAUUUAUCGAUUUCAACAAUACAUUGGAAAUUACAAACAAGAAAAAGAAAAGUAUUUAACCAACAUUCAAGAAACUUUAAAUACUGAAAUAUCUGGUAUUCAAAAGUUAAGAGAAAAAGCAAGGCAACAAAAAGAGAUUGAAGAAAUUCUUACUGAAGAAAUUAAAGAAUACCAAGCAAAAUGA